CUUCAAUAGCUCACAUAGAACCCUUCUCUCGAUCAAUUGACAUCAGCCAUCGAACAUGUCCAUCUUCGGCGAGCCCCCGAGAGCGAAAUCGCUCCUCGACUUCCACCGCGUCCUCGCCCCCUCUGCAGGCGUCCGUGUCUCACCGCUAUGCCUCGGUGCUAUGAACUUCGGUGAGGCCUGGGAACCAGUGAUGGGCAAAUGCGACAAGAAGACGACAUUUGAGAUCCUGGACUUCUUCCACGAGCAGGGCGGCAACUUCAUCGAUACCGCCAACAACUAUCAGAACGAGGAAUCUGAGACAUGGAUUGGCGAAUGGAUUGCUAGCAAGAAGGUUCGCGACGAAAUCGUCCUCGCCACAAAGUUCACCACCUUCUAUCCAGACCCACGCAACGCGCCCCGCCAGCGCAUCAACUUCGCUGGAAACAGCUCCAAGUCGCUCCGUGUCUCGCUUGAGGCUUCUCUCAAGAAGCUCCAGACCGACUACAUUGACCUGCUGUACGUGCAUUGGUGGGACUUCACCACUGGCAUCCCCGAGCUCAUGCAGAGCUUGAACCACAUGGUGCAGCGAGGCACGGUGCUGUAUCUAGGCGUGAGCGACACACCUGCCUGGGUGGUCAGCAAAGCCAAUCAAUAUGCCCGCGAUCAUGGUCUCCGACCCUUCAGCGUCUACCAGGGUCAAUGGUCCGCCGCUAUGCGAGAUUUUGAGCGCGAAAUCAUCCCCAUGGCCCGUGACGAGGGCAUGGCGCUCGCCCCGUGGGGUUCCCUCGGCGCCGGCAACUUCACGACCGAAGAGAAGCGUAAGAACAACGAACAAGGUCGCAGUAUGCGGCCGGCAACCGAUGCACAGAUCAAAGUGUCCAAGAAGCUUGAAAACAUCGCCAACAAGAAGAACACCCUGAUAACGAGCGUGGCCCUAGCCUACGUCAUGCACAAGGCGCCAUAUGUGUUCCCGAUUGUAGGUGGACGCAAGGUGGACCACCUCAAGGGAAAUAUUGAGGCACUAGGUCUGGAGCUGAGCGAUGAGGAAAUCGACGACAUUGAUUCGGCCGUCGACUUUGAGGUUGGCUUCCCGAUGAACUUCCUGUUUGAGUUCGGCGGGUCGAAGUACAACACGCGCAUGACUAGCUCGGACGUAGCAUUGCUCAGGUUCUCGGGCAAUCUCGACGCUAUGCCGCACCAGAGGAAUAUCAAGCCUCAUGGUAUGUAAGGAGGAUAUGAUCAAGGCGAGAUUGGAACUAUAGCAGUGUAGACG